AUGGAGCCGAGACCCUGCAGCGCCCCAGUUGCUCGUCGUUUCACCCUCGACGGGCGUGUCCACAGGAAAAGAAGGCCACCGUUCGGAAGACUUGCACGCGGUUCCUGGCGCGCCUCUGGUCCAGCGAGGCCUCGAGCCUUUAUUGCUGUCCCGCUAGCGCAGAGCCAGUGUGCCGUUCAUUCGACCCGCGCGACCAGCCAGGGGGCUGCCUCUAGCACCAAGCUGCCCGACGGCAGCGCCUGCGCCUGCGCCUAUGCUUGCGGCACCACAUACAUUGCAUACUUACUUACCUCAUUCUUCCACCAGGAGGCGACGCGUCCGCCUGCUGUCCUCACCUCCGCCUGUCUGCCGUCCUGCUGGGCCAUUCUCCCUGCAACCACCCCCCUCCCUUCCUCCCCCUCCCCCAGAGCCGCACAUACUGGCUGCACCACUGCUCGACUACGACAUCGCACUCUAGGCCUACCGCCGCCACCACGACUACCUCGACCCACGUGA